CGUAGCUCAGCCGUAGGUGGGCGGCACCCAGGCAGCCCUGGAGGCUGGUAGCGUCUCUGGCGCCGCCGCCGCCUGCCCAGGCUGGGUGGCUCCUGAGCCGGUGGCGGACGAAGAGCUGGGCAGGGGGGGCAGCGCCAUGGGGUGGGUGCCCCAGCGGGGCCGCCUGGCGGCGGGGCUGCUGGCGAACCUGGCCUCGUCCAUCUGCAUCGUCUUCCUGAACAAGUGGCUGUAUGUGUGGCUGGGCUUCCCCAACCUGACGCUGACGCUGGUGCACUUCGCCGUCACCUGGCUGGGGCUGUACGUGUGCCAGGCUCUGAACAUCUUCGCGCCCAAGAGCCUGCGCCCCCGCCAGGUGCUGCCCUUGGCGCUCAGCUUCUGCGGCUUCGUCGUCUUCACCAACCUGUCCCUGCAGAACAACACCAUCGGCACCUACCAGCUGGCCAAGGCCAUGACCACGCCGGUCAUCGUGCUCAUCCAGAGCUGGGCGUACGGCAAGACUUUCCCCAGCCGCAUCAAGCUCACUCUGAUUCCUAUAACCUUAGGUGUUUUCCUAAAUUCGUAUUAUGAUGUAAAAUUUAACUUUCUUGGAAUAGUAUUUGCUUCAGUUGGAGUUCUAGUUACUUCUCUUUAUCAAGUGUGGGUAGGAGCAAAACAACAUGAGCUGCAAGUAAACUCUAUGCAGCUGCUGUAUUAUCAAGCACCAAUGUCCUGCAGCAUGUUGUUUUGUGUUGUACCUUUCUUUGAGCCAGUGUUUGGAGAAGGAGGAAUUUUUGGACCAUGGACACUUUCUGCUGUGUUUAUGGUGUUGCUGUCUGGAAUUAUAGCCUUUAUGGUGAACUUGUCUAUUUACUGGAUCAUUGGAAAUACUUCACCAGUCACGUACAAUAUGUUUGGACACUUCAAAUUCUGCAUUACCCUCCUGGGAGGAUACCUCUUAUUUAAGGACCCUUUGUCCAUCAAUCAAGGUCUUGGGAUUGUGUGCACAUUGUUGGGCAUUCUAGCUUACACCCACUUUAAACUCAGUGAGCAAGAUGGGAAUAAGAGCAGAUUGGUUCAGCGUCCGUAGAUCAAGGACCAGUUUGGAAAUAAUUGUUUGGAACAUGCACUGAUUUUAAAACAAGCAAAAUAGCUGCAUUAGACAAUAGCUGCCUCCUAUUAUUGAGAGAAUUGUAGUUUUUUUUGGGGGGGGGAUCAGGCAUCAUAUAAAACUUGUAACAAGAAAAGGGCACCACGCAUAAAAACCGUGUGCACACUGGCAACAAUAACAAUGUCAAUAUUAUUUCUACUAAUCAGUUGUACAGUGUAUAGAGUUGUUUACUACACCGUCACAGAACCGUAUAUUUAUACGUACAUAUUUUAUAAACUGUACAAUUGAUUAAUAGAAAUAAUAUGUACAUUGUUGUUAUUGCCAGUGUGUACACGGUUUUUAUGUGUUUGUGAUUACAUAAAACUCAGCUUUUGUAAUCAUGAUCCAUGGUUUGUUUUUUAUUUACAUGUAAAUGAUUUGUGUAACAGACUAUUGUUCAUGUUGAAUUUACAGUGGCAGUUCUUAAAAAACUCUCUUGUUUAUACCAAAUGAAGUUACUAGGACAGAUGGGAGAUUAAAUGCCAAAGGAAUUCAUUUUUUCCUUCUAAUCAUGUCAAUGUUACAUCUGUUAGAAAGUUUAGAGAAGAGUAUAUAUGCUGAUAUUGUGAAGUCAAAUGAACAUUGUUUCUUCCUGUCCUGAUAGCGAAAUCAAUUUUUAUGUUUUUUUGAAAGGAUUAGUGAAUGUAAUUUUGUUUCUAACAUACAUGGGUACUUUUAACUUUUCCAUUUUGAAGAUCCAGUAGAAGCAAUAAUUCUGGAUAUUUGGAGUCUGCUUACUAGUAAUUAAACCAAAUUCCAGUAUUCCAUUGUUAAGAUAUUAAGUGUCUAAUCCUUUAUAGCAUGAUUGGCUGGGCAUUCCUGUCAUCUGGAAUGGCAUUCCUGUCAUCUGGAAUUUUUUAGCUCAAUAUUGGCUUACAUAAGAGGGCAAAGCCCACUAUCUUGGGCAAGUGCAGAGGUAGUGCUUCUGGCUCCUUAAAAAAAUUAUUAAUAUCAUCUUACUUUGUGUGGAACUUCCCCUUGACCUUAGCCCUGUUUAAGUGUUGGAUCUGUGGUGCUUAAUAUUCAACAGGGUUUGCUGUUAAUCAGGAUUUUAAAAGGGAUUUUUCAGUCUUUUGUAUCAGAUUCUGGUUAAACGUGAACUUUUCCUGUUAGCAUAACUCAACUAUGGCUAACCUGGCUGAUUGGCAGAUCUGCAUUUGAAUGUAGAAUAGCUGGGGAGGGGAAGGAAGUAUGUGUUCCUACAGUCUACACCUUAUCAUCAGUAAAGUAUUAGAACAGUUGCUAUGCACCUAGGCCUUGUAAUUUAAGUGCAGAAGCUUGAAUCAGAAGGUGGGAUAUCUAAUAAGAUGAAGUACUAUGCCUUAAAUUGGCCGCAGCCACAUGUUUAAAAUGGAGCCUUUUAUAAUAAAACUAACUCUGAAGAAUAGCUUUUUCCUCAGACAUUUCAAAGUUCAUUUGACAUUCAAACCUAAAGAACAAUUAUAUUAAAUUUUCAUUGGGAUUUUUAAUAACUUAUGUGUUUAAAAAGAGCGAUAACUUGGUGUACUUGCCUGUAUUGAAGAAGAUUGUAUUGAUUCCUGCCGUUUUAAAAGGAAGCAGGAUAUGAGCCGGAACAAAUGACUGAAUUCUACAGCAUCCUAUUAUGAGUGACCAGAUGAUUAUGAUAUCACAUAAGGUAUCCUUUUGCAAAACAAACAAACAAAAAGAUCAUGUUCCAAGUGACAUGAUGUUUCAGUGCUGAUAGUACAGUAUUGAAAAUGUAAUCUUGCAAAAGUGCAACAUGGCCUGUUUUCAGGUUGUUGACUGUUUAAUUGUCAAGUGUUUUGUUUGUAUUUAGGGCAUAAUUUCUGAAGUAAUGUAUACCAUUUUGGAUAGAACUUUUCAGUAUUAUGAUAGACAAACCAUUUCAUACCAAAACAAACAAAAUGAUUUUUAAAAAUUCAUUCUCAUGAACCUGUAAUUAGCAUUAGUAAUAGGCUGCAGAGUAUGAUCUUCAAGUGCAAAAAUGGUUUAAUGUAUGCACUGAUACAUAAUUUGCACUUAGUUUGUGCUGUGCACAGGCUUUUCUGAAAUGUACGUACACUGUGAAGAUCUGUUUGGUCAAAAACAGGUACCUACCCAAGGACACAAAAUAGCCUCUAGCCACAGUGUGGUUUAAAGAGCUAUAAUAUUAUUGCUAGUCAAUCCUGUCUCCACAGAUGUAAUAAAAAUGGUAACUAUACCAAUAGUCUUUUCUCCAGUGUAAUCAUAUGUGUCUGUGUUCCCCAAAAAAUGUUUUCAGAAACAGGAACGAUUUGUACUUCUUCAUCUCAUUACACUAUAUCAUUGUUUGCAAUUGUAAGAUGGCAUUACUGUAAAUACAGUGUAGAAUAAGAAUGUACAGGGUACAAAAUGGCUGGUCUGGAGUUUGUAUCUGGUGGCAAAAAUGAAAAUGAAAUGCACAAACUAUUUAACAGUAUGCUAAAAAUAUAUGCAGACAGAAUGGAGAUGGGUUUUUUUCCCCCUUGUGGAAAGCCUUUUUUGUGUUUGCUUACUGUGAAUAAACUGUUUCCAAUGCCUUUCCUAUAACUUUUGUCUCUGAGGCAUCACAGUUAUUUAUAUCACUGGUAAGAUGAAAAAUGUUUCAGUUCGAAAAGGUAUAAAGGUGCUGCUACUUUAUUCUUCCAUUUAAGAAUGUGUUAAUGUUUGGAAGACAUUUCAGAACAAGAUGAAUGCUGCGUGCCGUUCCAUACUUCUAUAACUGGCCUUCAGCUGUAUAGUGGAUAUUUAAUGCUGUAAUUCAGACCUCUGUUUGCAGGGGGUAACACUUGUCAAAUUACUUUGCUGGAUCAGAAAAGGCCAUUUUAUUCAGUAAACUGGUUGUACUACU